UGUCGUGAACCUUAUCAGACAGCCUCAUCACCAGUUGUGUGUAGUGUGCAAGUGAUUUCGGAAGGUUCCUCAUCGUUGAAUGCGUGUCACAAACUUGGGCAUCGUAGCGCAAUUUGCGCUACGAAGGCGUACCUUCGUAUUGUCACAUCCGUGACAAAAGUAUCCUCUGCUUUCCUCUGAGCGAUUUGUUGUGUAUCGCAGGCAACGAACAUGUCGUUCCGCGGCGUGAGAGCCAGCAAGUUUCGACACGUCUAUGGAACACCCUUGAAACGAGAACAAUGUUACGACAACAUACGUGUGUCCAAAUCCUCCUGUGAUUCGUCUUUCUGCGCCGUAAACCCGAAAUUCGUGGCCAUCAUCGUCGAAUCGGCCGGCGGCGGUGCUUUUAUCGUCCUCCCUCUCAAAUCGACAGGGAGGAUCAACCGAGAUUAUCCCUUGGUCGGAGGUCACCGAGGACCAGUUCUCGACAUCGCCUGGUGUCCACAUCACGAUAACGUGAUUGCGUCUGCCUCGGAAGACUGUUAUAUAAAAAUAUGGCAAAUACCUGACCGGGGUAUAAACCGCACGUAUACUGACAAAGAUGCUGUGGUAGAUCUGGCGCAUCACCAACGUCGUGUAAGCCUGGUCCUGUGGCAUCCUUCCGCACAAAACGUCCUCCUUUCCGCCGGCUCAGACAAUUUGAUUGUCAUUUGGGACGUUGGGACGGGGACAGUGUUGAGGGAAUUCGGCACGCCGGAUGUGGUGUUUUCUGCGUCGUGGAAUUACGACGGGUCGCAGUUUCUAUAUACUUGCAGAGACAAGAAGAUCCGGAUCUUAGAUCCCAGGUCUGGUGAAGUGCUAAGCGAGGCUGAGGGACAUGAGGGCAUGAAAGCUAAUAGAGCGAUCUUUUUGAAGAAUGGGUUGGUGUUCACGACGGGUUCCAGUAAGCCUGGUGACCGGCAGUAUUCUCUCAGGAGCCCAGAUAAGCUUGAUGACCCAAUCGUUCGCAUUGAACUCGACACAUCAAACGGUGUUCUGUUCCCAUUCUAUGAUGCCGACACAAGCAUGAUUUACCUUUGUGGAAAGGGGGACAGCGUGAUCCGGUACUUCGAGGUUACCUCAGAGUCACCAUUUGUGCAUUACAUCAGCACCUUCCAGACACCGGACCCACAGAGGGGCAUUGGCAUGAUGCCAAAGCGUGGCUGCGAUGUUUCGUCUUGUGAGAUUACCCGGUUCUACCGACUAAACAACUCCGGGCUUUGUCAGGUGAUAUCAUUCACCGUGCCCCGAAAAUCUGAGCUUUUCCAGGUGGACUUGUACCCUGACACGUUUGCAGAACAACCGGCAUUAUCGGCCGAUGAAUGGGUCGCUGGUGUAGAUAAAGAACCUGUGUUGAUUUCUCUGAAGGAUGGAGUGAAAGAGCCUGUGAAGAAGGAGAACCUGCGCAUGGAGCGUAAGUCAAAUGUGCUAGACCGAGGUGUCCGGAGUGGUGAUCAACAUGACCAUGGUGCAACAGAUAUAAAUGAAAAUGCCGAAGCCGAGUUUGUAACACAGCUGAAGCAGUUGGAGAAGAAAAUGGAGAAAAAGUUGGCUGCGUUAGAAUCCAAGAUGGAGGAGGAGAACCGUCGACUAAAAGCAGUCAUAAUUAAGCACGAGAGUCGGAUCAGGAUGCUGGAGCAACAAGGGGCCGGAGACGCCCCGGAGGAGCCAAACUCUCACCUGGCCCCGGAUGAAGUCUAA